CCUCAUUUAGGAGCGGGCAGCAGUGAAAGAGAGGAAAAGACGAGGAAUCAAAGUCACACUCAUUCAUACAGCUUCUGUCUGUGAACAUUUCACUUCUUCAUCAUCACAGCUGCUUCUGAACACACAGGCGAUGGCUGAGGUGGAGCUCCUCUCCACACCCCAUAAUAUUCAGAUCAGCGAUGUGACCUGUGACUCGUUCCGGAUCACCUGGGAAAUGGCCCAUGAGGACGCGUCCCGAGUGACGCAUUACUUCAUCGACUUGAGCCGUAAAGAGGGCAGCGAGCACAACCGCUUCAAGCACAGAGAUGUCCCCACCAAGCUAGUGGCAAAAGCAGGACCUUUGCCGAUGGCUGUGAGAGGCCACUGGUUCCUGAGCCCUCGAACGGAGUACUGUGUCGCUGUGCAGACCGCCAUCAGACAGCCAGACGGAGACUAUCAGGUGUCUGAAUGGAGCCAAGUAGUGGAGUUCUGCACUGGGGGUAAGCAGAGACGGAGUAACAGAGAGUUAAAUGUGUUUUUAUUUGUGAACAAUGAGAGAAGCAAAUACAGUCAUUAUAAUCAAUCAGAGUGUGGAGGUGCAAUGCUCCCGUCUUUCAAAGACAACAGUGGAAGUCACGGCUCCCCCAUCAACGGAAAGCUCCGCGGCGUCUUCCUCAGCUGCAACACAGAGUUCGACACAGGCCUUCCUCCCAAAGACUCCCCGUACGGCCCUCUGCGCUUCCAAAUUUCUGCCGAACGUCUCCUCAACCCGAGUACAAACCUCUACUUUGCUGACUUCUACUGCAUGUACACAGCAUACCAUUAUGUAGUGCUGGUGCUAGCCCCUGCUGGAUCGGAGGGGGAUAGCUUUUGCAAGAGCCACCUUCCACGACUGGACCUGUCAAGCAAUCCCUUCCUGACAUUCACGUCUGGAGACGCACCGGCCUUCUGUCAUGCCAGUGACGUCAUUCUGGAGGUGUUGUACACAGAGCCCUUGCUUCUGGAGCCCGGCAUACUCGCUCAGAUCAGCGGCCAUCACCAGCUCAUGAGCCUUUCCACUGCGAAUGCCAAAAAGGACCCGAGCUGUAAGGUGUGCAACAUCAGUGUGGGCCGCUGAACUGUGAAUGGCAGCUGUCGCUGGAAGUGCAACUGGAAGCCGGAUCAUGAGAACCUCACUGCUCUGGAAAUGGACCCAAAGUUCUACUGAGAAUCGGAAUAAAUAUUCACACUUUAUAAAAAGCGGUAUUUGGAAUUUUAAAAUAUGCCAAAGGCAUUGCACAAAAGAGGCAAGAAUAAAUAAUAAGCAUGAAAAAUGAACGAGGUCAUGAUACUCUGGCUACUACUCUAGCCACUUGUUAUGAAACCAAGCCAUAUGAUCUGUGAGGCAACUAUUCAGAUCUUAAAGAAACAGUUCACCCAAAAAUGUUUCAUCAUUUACUCACCGUCACGUCUUUUAAAACCUGUAUUAUUACCAUGAGGAAAAAGCACCAUAAAAGUGGUCCAUGUAACUAGUGUUAUAUUUUCUGAAGCCAUAUGAAAACUUGUGUGAGUCGGUCUCAGUUACAUCUCUUCAUCUUCAUAUACUGUAAAUCCACUUCCUUAAGACUAAUCAUGUAUAAAUCAUAUUUAAUGAUAACAUUAUUGAAUUAUAUAAUUGAUUCUGUAUAUUUUUUAAGUCAUUUGGGGUAUCACCUGUAAUCAUAUGAAUUUCACGAGUCUUUGUGUCUGUAGAACAGGUGAAAUUAAGUGUACAGAAUGUUUUAACAAAUAAUAAAAC